AUGGAAAUGAUUUCACGUUGUCGAGCUGGCUCGCAAUGCCCGUUCAAACACCUUCGGCCUCCAGACAGAGUCACAAGCACUAGACCGAAACCUGACCAUCAACGGGCCGACGCUGCGCAAGGCCCGUCGGUCGCACAAGACGGCCAGCCUUUGUCUCGCCCAGUCAGCGCCUCGAACUCUGGCCCUGCUCCCAGUCAGAAGCCCCAGUCCCAGCUUCAACGGCGCGAUCCUCGUGAGUUCGAGCUGGGUCAAGUGAUUAAGAGGUUCUCUCCCGUUCGGAGAGACACCAGCGAUGGCACAACCUUGUCCUUUGCACUGGCCCCAUCGGAUCCAGAUUUUCCAUUCGAGCUUGAACGUGGCCUCCGCUGCACUCUGACAGUCCCUACAACCUAUCCUCAAAAUGGCAAACCAACCAUCAGAGUCACAAAUGCCGAAAUGGCCCGGGGUUUCCAGAUUAACGUCGAAAAGGGGUUUGACAGCCUUGCCGAAUCCUCACCAAACAAGACGCUUUUGGCGUUGUUGAACGAGCUAGACAAGAAGCUUGAGAAGUUCUUGACAUCCGAAAAGGCCCAAACAAUUAAGAUCAUUGCGAAUGCCGAAAAGAUUCCCAAAGUCCCUGACUCUGUGCCAGAGGUGGUUCGCCCUCCACCUUCUCCGCCCACAUUCGUCGCGCCGCGUCCACCAACUUGGACAACUGAACAAAGGUCCGGCGCCUUAGCUAAGAGGGAAGCCGAUGUCCGCCAACUCGAAGCACGCAUGGGCCGGAUUCCACAUUUCUCUAAAACUCCCGAUGGUACGAUUUUCAAUAUCCCUAUCCAAAUAGUCAAAUCAGACCGACUCCCGCUCAAUCUGCAACCGCUCAAGGAAGUCACUUUAAUUAUCCCACGGCUUUACAACCUUGAGCCAUGCACGGUACUCUUGAAGGGCGUCAGUGGGCCAGAAGCUGAGAACGUUCAGUUGGCCUUUGAAAGACAUGUCCGAAACAAACUCGACAUGACCCUCAUGGCCCAUGUCAAUUAUCUGACGCAGAACAUUCACUCAAUGGCAUCAGAGGUGGCAGAGAGCGGGGCCCAGAUAGCUUCAUCAAAUGCCUCAGGUCCACCAGAACCUCCUGUGGACGAGACCCAAACGGUAGCGUCGAGAGGGGAAGACCCAGCAGAACCCAAAGAGCUGAUUUUGAACCAAGACAAACCACAUGUCAAAUUCAUCCCCAGACCACCUGAAUGGGACCGAUGGGAUUCCGAGGACGAGUCAAACUCAUCCUACGAUUCUGGCGAGUAUUCCGACUCUGAAGAUGAAGAACAGGACGAUGAGGGAGACACUGAGCAAGGCGGCGCCGCUCUUCCCUUCUCCUCGACCUCGACGGAAAAGGGAAUCCACAUUUCCCUUCCGAACCUGGAACUCCACAACAUUGAGCUUUUGACCUUGUCGUCCCUCUCAAUCUCCGUCAAGUGCCUGCGCUGUAAAUCUCCCCUGGACAUCUCCAAAAUCAAAUCCAGCGGUGGCGGUGACGCAGCUGGUGCUUCAACGUCGUCCAGUGUCCGCACCGAAACCUGCUCGAAGUGCACUACACCGUUCACGGUGUCUUUUACACCCAAUGCCUUGCACGCCAACACCGUGCGGGCGGGCACGAUCGAAGUCACAGGCUGCACCGUCGCCGAUCUCCUCCCGUCCGUGUUUCAGCCCACCUGCGCGUCAUGCUCGACGACCUUCCCGGUGGCUCCCGGCAUGAUCUCCGUCCGAGGCGACACACCGAUCCAAGUAUGCCGGGCCUGCCACGGCAAAAUGACCUUUACGAUCCACGAGGUCAAGUUCCUGCGGGCAUCUUCGGCCUUUGGCACGCUGAUCCCGCCGCGGCGGCGUCCCCGGAAGGAGAACCUGGGCAUCUCGGCCGGCACGCCCUUGCCGCACAACGGCACCUGCGCGCACUACCGCCACAGCUACCGCUGGUUCCGCUUCAGCUGCUGCAACCGCGUCCACCCGUGCGACCGGUGCCACGACGCCGCCGAAAGCCACGUCAACGACCACGCCGACCGCAUGGUCUGCGGGUGGUGUUCGCGCGAGCAGCGCUUCCGAGCCGACGACUGCGCCCUGUGCGGCCGCAGCGUCAUCCGCAGACGCAGGACCGCCGGAAGCGGCGGCUUCUGGGAAGGCGGCAAGGGAACCAGAGAGAAGGGUCUCAUGAGCCGCAAGGAGAAGAGGAAGUAUAAACGGCCCGGAGGCAGCGUGGUGGGGUCUGCGUCGUCGUCGGCGGCGAAGAAGGAUGGUGCCAAGUAG